UCAAUGUGUUUUCUUUAUUUUCAUGACUAUUUACAUUGUAGAUUCUCACUGGAGGCAUCAAAACUAUGAAUGAACACAUGUGGAAUUUUAUAUACUUAACAAAAAUUGGUGAAAUAACUGAAAAACAUGUUUUAUGUUCUAGUUUCUUCAAAAUAGGCACCCUUUGCUCUGAUUACUGUUUUGCACACUCUUGGCAUCAUCCUCUCAAUGAGCUUCAAGAGGUGGCCACCUGAAAUGGUUUUCCAACAGUCUUGAAAGAGAAGGAGUUCCCAGAGGUGUUUAUUAGCACUUGUUGCCCCUUUGCCUCCUUCACUCUGUGCUCCAGCUCACCCCAAACCAUUUGGAUUGGGUUCAGGUCCGGUGACUGUGGAGGUCAGGUCGUUUUUUGUUAAGUAUAUAAAACUCCACAUGUGUUCAUUCAUAGUUUUGAUGCCUUCAGUGAGAAUCUACAAUGUAAAUAGUCAUGAAAAUAAAGAAAACGCAUUGAAUGAGAAGGUGUGUCCAAACUUUUGGCCUGUACUGUAUGUUCCCAAAGUUCAAAGUGACGGUGUUCUUAAUGUUUUGCUGAGUUAACACCGUAUAUUGGUGUAUAUUUCUGUGUUUGUGCACAAAACAGCGCUGUUGAGAACUCUCAUUGGAACGUGCAUAAUGUUGUAGAUAGGAGGGAGUCAAGGGAUGAGAGGCAGAGCAAAGCACAGGAGAGAGAGAAUGAAUGAAAACAGAAAGAGAGAGAGAAUGAAAGAGAGAGAGAGCAGAUAAGCGAGUGAGUAGAGGAAUGGAGGAGAGACAGAACGCUGGCAUUUUGACAGUUUCAGAUUAGCUUUGUGCUGGAAUACAUCGCCAGAGGACAGAGAGAGAGAGAGAGAGAAUACAGAGAGAGAGAGAAGUAGGCAGUCGAUAGAGAGGGAGGGAGAGAGAAAGAGAGAAGGAAGGAGAGAUGGAAAGAAAGGGGGGGCUGUCUAAGGGAGAGAGAGCAAAAAAGAGAGAGAGAAAUAUGGGUUGAGGGGGAGGGUGUCAGAGAGAGAGAGCAAAAAAGAGAGUAGGGGUGAGAGAUACAGAGAUCGAUAGAAAGAAAGGGAGAAAAGAGUAAGAGAGAGAGACAGUGAGAGAGAUACAGAGAGAGCGUGAAAGAGAGAGUUAGAGAGGGAUACAGAGAAAGAGAGAGUGAGGGAGAGAGAGAGGCGGGCUGUCUGAGGAAGAAAGAGAGAAAGAGCAAGAAAAAGAGAGAAGUAGCAGUUCAAGAGAAAGAGAGAGAGAGAAGUAGGGAGUGAGGGAGAGAGAAAAAGACAAAGGAAGAGGAAGAGAGAGAGAGAGAAUAUGAGCAAGAGAGAGAUAGAUAGAGAGAGGGACAGUGAGAGAGAGAGAGAGAGAGAGAGAGAGAGGGGCUGUCUAAGGGAAAGAGACUAAGUGAGAGACAGAGAGAAAGUCAAAGGGAGAGAGUGAGACAGCAGAGAAAAAGAAAGAGUGAAAGUGAGGGAGGGAGAGAGAAGUAGGCAGUCAAGAAAGAGAGGGAGAGUAUAAAAGAGAGAGGGGGAGAGGGAAAGAGGGAGCAAGAAAAAGAGAGAGAAGUAUUGGUUAGAGAGAGGUUGUCAGAGAGAGAGAGGAAGAAAAGUAGGGAGUGAGGGAGAGAGAAUGACAAAGGAAGAGGAAGAGAGAGAGCGAGAGAAUAUGAGCGAGAGAUAGAGAGAGGGACAGUGAGAGAGAGAGAGAGGGGCUGUCUUAGGGAAAAAGAGAAAGACAGAGAGAAAGACAAAGGGAGAGAGUGAGACAGUGGGAGAGGAAAAGACAGAAUGAGGGAGUGAGAGAGAAGUAGGCAGUCAAGAAAGACAGAGGGGGAAGAGGGAACGAGAGAGCAAGAAAAAGAGAGAGAAGUAUUGGUUAGAGAGAGGUUGUCAGAGAGAGAGAGAGAAAGAGAAGUAGGGAGUGAGGGAGAGAGAAUGACAAAAUAAGAGAAAGAGAUAGAGCGAGAGAUAGAGAGAGGGACAGUGAGAGAGUGAGAGAGAGAUGGGCUGUCUAAGGGAGGGGGGAAGAGAGAGAGAGCAAUAAAAAGAGAGCAGCAGAAAGUGUGAGAGGUUGUUUGAGAGAGAGAGAGAGACAGAAAAAGGAGGAGAGAGAAAUAAAUAGUGAUUGGGAGAGUAAGAGAGAGAGAUUGUUUGAGGGACAGAGGGAGGGAGUGUUGUGAGAAAGAGAGAGAGAGAGAGGGGGGGGGGAUUGUUAAAGGGAUAGAGGGAGGUAUUAGACAGUUACAGUGGGAAGCCAGCGUGGACAGUACCACCACACUCUGAGGCUGUGGAGUGAAGAGGGUUGCCAGUCCCUCUCUGUUGGAAGUUUUACCCCGUUGCCCACAGUUCUGACACAGACGCCGCUAAUAAUGAUGGAUUUUACGUCUCUCUCGUGAAGCUGUUCCUCAGUUUGUAUGGGAUUGUUUUUUUAGACUGAAUUGAUCCUAUUUUUGUGUCCACUGUGAAGAUCGAGGAGCCAGUAAGUUAACAAUUCGAUUGAGAGAUGACCCUACUUAAUGACCAUAGGAGAUAAAGCCUGUACCGACCUGAUGGUCGAUAUAUAAGGGCCACCAAGGCCCGAGAAACCCCUGAGGGAUACCUAAGGAACACCCACAGAAAACCUGAACUCAAGGAAUGCUAUCCCAAACUUGUAGCGAUGAACACAAUGAGACAAAUGACACCAGAAACUUCCAGCAGAACCUGGCCAAGAAAAAAGAACAGGGCAAGAAGAGAGCCCAGAGCCCUAAUGUUAGACGUGGUCUGCGCAAGAAGAUCCAGAAAUGCCUUCAAGGUCCGGAGGAGCAUGACCCUUACGACCAUCAGCACACCACUGAAGAGGAAAGUCUGUUCGUGUGUGGAAUAAAUCAAAAGCCUUCUAGCCAUGAGCGUAGUCUCGGUUCUGUCCCGAAUGCUAAACGCGAUAUUAAGGCAGGCAGGAAGCUCUUGAUAGGGGAGGUUGAGUCGAGCAGAGAAAGUGCUGUAGGUGCCGUUGGGAUCCUGAGCCAAGUGCACUCCAACAGCCCUCUUUACGACUACAAAUCCGUAGCUAACUCUGACUGUGUAGACAAAAGGGUCAAGGGCAAGAUGGACGAGGUACGGAGACCCGGCAAGGGAAAGGUUGAAGAAGGUAGUGGAAGCAAGGAAAAGUGUUCCAGCACCAUUGUGGACCACAUUUUAAAGGAGCUUCAGGGGAUUAAUAAAAUUCAAGAGGAAAUCUCAGACCUGAGGCAGUACCUGACAUCCGUGAGUGGCUCAGUUGAUGAGGUUUCCUGCUGUGUGGAUGCUGUCCUGUUGGAAAUCGAGGAGCUCUACUCCGCUGGUUCUAGUAAUCAACCUUCACCUCGAAGAGUAAUGGCUCCUCGCAGAAGCCCUGUCAAACAGAAAGUGGUAGCUUGUAAAACAGAAAGUCCUGUCUUGUUGAAGAAGUCUGCAAAGUCUGAAAGGAAUGGAUCACCUUUGUAUUCCGACAGAUCGAGAAAGUCCAAACUGCAGGAUCUUGAGUUCCAGGUUUCGGAUCACUCAGAUGAAUCUCCUUGCACCUUACAUCCUUCAAACUACUCUCAUCAUCAUUCCCGUCUUUAUGUCCAUGACUUUCCAAGUACAAGUUCUUUAUCUUCAGGUCACAGCUCAAAAAGUAGAGGCCAGGAUAGUAGUUACCAUUCGAGGGAAGCUGACCCUCAAAGGGAUGGUUGGCAUGGUUCCUUGGGAAUGCCUCUUAGCACGAGUGGAGAGGGGGCAUGGAGUGGGGAUACUGGAUGGAGCGAAGAGGAUUGUUGCUCUUGCCAGAAUAGUGCUGACGAAUUAGAAAAUGUCCGGCAACCUGAAAGUUGGUGUAGGUAUAAUGGCGGAGAGACUAGCAGUACUCCUGGUCACUCAUCACGAAGCAGUUCAGAGCACCUGUCUUUACUAUUUGGGCAUCAAUACAACUCUGUCUCUAGCUUGUCUAGUAGUGUUGCCGACUGGAGGCAUCCCAAGAAGCAGUUGAUAUCUGAUAUUGAUUGUGCUGUCGAUUGCGAUUGCACGCCCAAUUGCCCGUAUUCCCGAAGUUCGGGGUACCACACCAUGGACGCAUAUGCUGACGAUCUGUGUAGUGGUCCCUCCAGAAGCAUUAGUUGUUCCACGAUGGGAUUGACUGAUUAUGAUGACGGCUGCCAAGACUUGCACUCUUCCUGCGAGCACUGCCUUUGUGUUGGGCGUGUUGACGGGGAUUCUGCAGAUAGCGCAGAAAAAGAUUGGCCUCGCAAGAGUUUGAGAAUUUGCGCAAGCAUGCCAGAUGUACAGUGCGAUCCGUGUGAUCCAGAUUACUCCGAGGACACUGAUGUGGAUGGCUCCCAGAUGGCUUCCAAUGUCGGACUUGACGUGGUGAAGGUUAGCAAGGCCAUGCUCAGCUUUCGAUCUGCACUUCGUGGAGCUCUGAGGAGGCUUGAGGUUGAUGAGGCCGAUGAUCAGUGUCCCGAUGAGAACACAUCCGAUGCGACCUUGAGUCCCGACAAACUUUCGAACGACCUCGUAGAAGUGGACUCGACUCUGGAUGGAUCUGAGUCAGAUCGUUUCAUGCCCUCUAGCUGCGAAACCUUGGAUCUGAGACCUGAGAGUUUGUCUCCCAGGAAAAGAGGUUGUUCUUGUUUUCAUGGCGAGUAUGACCUUAAAGACUUGAAAUUGCACAUGAACCAACCUGAGGACUCUCAGUAUUUUGAUCCUCAGGGAUCGGCGUCUGGUACUGCAACUCCCUCUUGUACGCCAACUGAAUACUACUCGAUGGACCAUUCAGUUAGUGUGGAUGAACAUCUGACAGAACAAGAGCUGUCACUUGUGGACGAAUCUCCUGAACUAUGUUCAGAAAAGGUUGAGAUCGUUUCAGUUGUCAAGGAGAAAUGCCGUGAGGAGAUCUUUCAAACAGAAGUGCCUCGGAUUGCCAGAGAAGGCAAUGAAGGCCUUGAAGGCCUUGCACCAAGGUCUUUGGACAAAGUUCUUGAAGAGGAGGCUGAGGUAAACCAGGGAGAACCUCAGAAUGCUGUGGAACCAGACCCAGAACAAGUGGACCCUCACAACCAGAAGUGCCUUGCCAAUAUCCAACGGGUUCUUAAGGAACAGAGGCAAAGACAUAAACUGUCUAGAAUCGCUAGUGGGUCCAAGCGUACCUUUUCAGAGGAAGAAUUCAAUCCAGAGGAAAUCAGAGAAGAUGAACAGGGUCGACAGAAUGGAGAUAAUGCCAGACACGCCUGGAUCAAAGCAGGGUGUGGGAGUGGCCUAUUCGGGAUUGACAGCAUGCCGGAUUUACGGAAGAGGAAGCCGAUCCCGCUCGUCAGUGAUGUGUCGCUGGUCCAGGCCAGGAAAGCGGGCAUCGCAUCCGCCAUGGCGUCUCGCUCAUCCAUCAAAGACGAGGAGCUGAAGAGUCAUGUGUAUAAGAAGACGCUGCAGGCUCUGAUCUACCCCAUCUCCUGCACCACGCCCCAUAACUUCGAGGUUUGGACGGCGACCACGCCCACCUACUGCUACGAGUGUGAGGGGCUGCUGUGGGGCAUCGCCCGGCAGGGUAUGCGCUGCACCGAGUGCGGGGUGAAGUGCCACGAGAAGUGCCAGGAGCUCCUCAAUGCAGACUGUCUUCAACGAGCUGCGGAGAAGAGCUCGAAGCACGGCGCUGAGGACCGAACUCAGAACAUCAUCAUGGCCAUGAAGGACCGUAUGAAGAUCCGGGAGCGGAACAAGCCGGAGAUCUUCGAGGUCAUCAGGGACGUGUUCAUGGUCACCAAGGCUUUACACGGCCAGCAGAUGAAGACCAUCAAACAGAGCGUGCUGGACGGCACGUCCAAGUGGUCCGCCAAGAUCACCAUCACCGUGGUGUGCGCCCAGGGGCUGCAGGCUAAAGAUAAGACCGGAUCCAGUGACCCCUAUGUGACCGUCCAGGUGGGGAAGACUAAGAAGAGGACCAAGACCAUCUACGGCAACCUGAACCCCAUCUGGGACGAGAAGUAUCACUUCGAGUGCCAUAACUCUUCGGACAGGAUUAAGGUUCGUGUGUGGGAUGAAGACGAUGAUAUAAAGUCCAGAGUGAAGCAAAGGCUGAAGAGAGAGUCUGAUGACUUCCUGGGGCAGAGCAUCAUCGAAGUGCGAACGCUGAGCGGGGAAAUGGACGUCUGGUACAACCUGGAGAAAAGAACUGAUAAGUCUGCAGUGUCCGGCGCGAUCCGUCUUCAGAUCAGUGUGGAAAUUAAAGGAGAAGAGAAAGUGGCUCCUUACCAUGUGCAGUACACCUGUCUACACGAGAACCUCUUCCACCACACCACGGACGUCCUUGGCCAGGGAGCGGUGAGGAUCCCGGACGCCCGCGGGGACGACGCCUGGAAGGUUUAUUUUGACGAUGUGGCGCAGGAGAUAGUGGACGAGUUCGCAAUGCGUUAUGGGAUUGAGUCCAUCUACCAGGCCAUGACGCACUUCGCUUGUCUUUCCUCUAAGUACAUGUGUCCUGGUGUACCCGCUGUGAUGAGCACCCUGCUGGCCAACAUUAACGCCUUUUACGCUCACACCACCGCCUCCACCAACGUCUCCGCCUCCGACCGCUUCUCCGCCUCAAACUUUGGGAAAGAGCGGUUCGUGAAGCUCCUGGACCAGCUGCACAAUUCUCUACGUAUUGAUCUCUCCAUGUACCGGAAUAACUUCCCUGCUAGCAGUAAGGACCGCCUGCAGGACCUCAAGUCCACAGUGGACCUGCUGACCAGCAUCACCUUCUUCAGAAUGAAGGUCCAGGAACUGCAGAGUCCUCCCAGAGCGAGCCAGGUGGUGCGAGACUGUGUGAAGGCAUGCCUUAACUCCACCUACGACUACAUCUUCAACAACUGCCAGGAACUCUACAGCCGGCAGUACCAGCCAGUAGGAGAUCUGAAUAAAGAGGAAUGUCCUCCAGAGGAACAGGGACCCAGCAUCAAGAACCUGGACUUCUGGCCCAAACUCAUCACCCUGAUCGUCUCCAUCAUCGAGGAGGAUCGCAACUCAUACACACCCGUCCUCAACCAGUUUCCUCAGGAGCUGAAUGUGGGGAAAGUUUGUGCCGAGGUCAUGUGGAUUCAGUUCUCUCAGGAUAUGAAGUACGCCAUGGAAGAGCAUGAGAAGCAUCGUCUGUGUAAGAGCGCAGACUACAUGAACCUGCACUUUAAGGUGAAGUGGCUCUAUAACGAGUACGUGAAGGAUCUUCCAGCCUUCAAAGGAGUGAUUCCUGAAUACCCAACGUGGUUCCUGCAGUUUGUGCUGCAGUGGCUGGAUGAGAAUGAAGACGUGUCGAUGGAGUUCAUGCACGGGGCUCUCGAGAGGGAUAAGAAGGAUGGCUUUCAGCAGACGUCUGAGCACGCUCUGUUCUCCUGCUCAGUGGUGGACAUCUUCACCCAGCUCAACCAGAGCUUUGAGAUCAUAAAGAAGCUGGACUGUCCCGACCCCAAAGUCAUGGCCCACUACAGCCGCCGCUUCGCCAAGACCAUUGCCAAAGUGCUGCUGCAGUACAGCGCAAUCCUGAAGAAGAGCUUCCCGUCCUACUGUGAUAAGGAGAAAAUCCCGUGCGUCCUGAUGAAUAACGUGCAGCAGCUGCGGGUUCAGCUGGAGAAGAUGUUCGAGUCAAUGGGAGCCAAACAGAUGGACUCUGAAGCCAGUGAUGUUCUGAAUGAGCUGCAGGUGAAGCUGAAUAACGUCCUGGAUGAGCUGAGCUCCACGUUUGCCAACACUUUCCAGACCCGUAUUGAUGAGUGUAUGAGGCAGAUGGCCAGUUUGCUGUAUCAGAUUAAAGGACCGGUCAACGCCAACAGCCGCAACCAGGUGGAGGGCGACGCGGACAACGUUCUGCGACCGCUUAUGGACUUCCUGGAUGGAAAUCUGACGCUGUUUGCGUCGGUGUGUGAGAAGACUGUAUUGAAGCGAGUGCUAAAGGAGCUCUGGAGGAUCGUGAUGAACAGCCUGGAGAAAACCAUCGUCCUACCACAGGGCAACGACACCUUCGGGACAAUAUUUUCUGCAGCUAAAGACCUGGGUCAGCUCUCUAAACUAAAGGAUCACAUGUCUGGAGAGGCUAAAAGCCUGACGCCAAAGCAGUGUGCGGUCAUGGACGUGGCCCUGGACACCAUAAAGCAAUAUUUCCAUGCUGGAGGGAACGGGCUGAAGAAGGCGUUUCUGGAGAAAAGCCCAGAGCUGACGUCCCUCCGCCAUGCCCUGUCCCUCUACACCCAGACCACUGACACCCUCAUCAAAACCUUCGUCACCACCCAGCACACCCAGGUGCAUGGUGGGAAGGGGAUGAGGAUAACUCCCAGUGAGAGAACUCAGCCGUCUCGGGGUUCAGGUGUGGAUAAACCGGUGGGAGAGGUUUCCAUUCAGAUUGACCUGUUCACCCACCCCGGCACAGGAGAGCACAAGGUCACGGUGAAAGUGGUGGCGGCGAAUGAUCUGAAGUGGCAGACGUCUGGAAUGUUCCGUCCGUUUGUGGAGGUAACGAUGAUCGGUCCUCACCUCAGCGACAAGAAGCGCAAAUUCACCACCAAGUCCAAGAACAACAGCUGGGCCCCCAAAUUCAAUGAGACCUUUCACUUUAUUCUGGGUAAUGAGGACGGGCCGGAGUGUUACGAGCUGCAGGUGUGUGUGAAGGAUUACUGCUUCGGCCGGGCGGACCGGGUGGUGGGCAUCGCCGUGAUCCAGCUGCGAGACGUGGCGCAGAGGGCCAGCUGUGCCUGCUGGUGCCCGCUGGGUACUCAGGUGCACAUGGACGACACGGGGCUGACGGUGAUGCGCAUCCUGUCGCAGCGCUCCGGAGACGAGGUCGCAAAAGAGUUCGUUAAACUGAAGUCGGAAACUCGCUCGGCCGAGGAGGGAAGGUGAGGAACCGGAGGAACCAGAUAAAUGUCUGAUUAUAAAACUAGAGGAGGAUCUGUACAGACUGGAGAACUGCUGCUGAUGAUCAACGAAGGAGGAGGAGGGGCUUAACGGAGUGGGUGGAGCCAGCCAGAGGAGGAAGAGGAGGAGUCUUUCUAUCUGGCUGUAAUGCACUGGACUUAUUAUGUGGCUGCUUGUUUCACUUUUCACUGAUGAGAAGUCAUCAUUUUUCUGUCUACUUCUAAUAAUAAAUAUAUGUAAAUAUAUACAAAUAGAAAAAUAUGAAUUAGGGCUGUCAAAAAAAGUUUUAACAAGUUUUAUUUCUCAUCACCUGGGUUAAAACUUGGGUUAAAAUUUUUUUUUGGUCACUGUUUGCUGAUUUACCUGCUCUAACAGCAAUACAACUACACCUGACAUUGAACAGUUGAGAUUAUAAAGUAAUCAGGUGAGCUUGAACAGGUAGAGCUCGAAAAUGGGCAUGAAUGUGAAUUAAAUCCACCAGGACCAAAAUUGCUUCUUGAACCUACUCAGAUACCAUAUAUAUACCAUAUUUGCAGAUGAGAUGUCAUCAUAUUCUGUCUACUUCUAAUAAUAAUUAUAUAUAAAUAUAUACAAAUGCAAAAAUAUCAAUUAUGGCUGUCAAAAAAAAGUUUUAACAAGUUUUAUUUCUUAUCACUUGGGUUAAAACUGUUGUUUUUUUUGGCAACUAUUUGCUAAUUUACCUGCUCUAACAGCGAUACAACUACACCUGGCUUUGAACGGGUGAGAUUAAUCAGGUAAUCAGGUGAGCUUGAACAGGUACAGCUCGAAAAUGUGCACCAAAAUUGCUACUUUAACCUGCUCUAGUUUAAAGCAUCAAAUUAUGAAACUAGAAAACUGUGCUGGUGGCUUUUAAACAUGGUGGCGUAAGCCUUUGCCUUUGACAGCACUAAUAUACCAAUUCCAGAUACCAUAUAUAAACCUUAUAUACUGAUGAGAUAUCAUCAUAUUCUGUCUAUUUCUAAAUAAUAAUGAUAAUAAUAUAUACAUAAAAACAAAAAUAUAAAAAAUCAAAAAAAUUAUUCUCAUCACGUGGGUUGAAACAGAAUUUUUUUUUUGGCCACUGUUUUCUGAUUUACCUGCACUAACAGCAAUACAACUUCACCUGGCAUUGAGCGGGUGAGAUUAAUCAGGUAAUCAGGUGAGCUUGAACAGGUAAAGCACGAAAAUGUGCAUUAAUUGCAUUAAUCUCUAGGUUAAAGGUUGAAAUUACGAAAUUACGAAACUAAGAAAUUGUGCUGUUGGCUGUUAAACAUGGUGGCGUAAGCCUUUGCCUUUGACAGCACUACAAUACAGAUGCCAGAUACCAUACAUUUACAUGACUAAAGAACACUGGAUGGUAAAUUGGCCUUUUAUGACGUAUUCCUGAUACACACACACACAGGACACACUCACACAUGAUAGCACCUCACAAUUUAUACAGGUGUGCAUGGGCGUUCCCAGGUCAGCUGUCCUCUAAGGUGUAUUGUGUAUAUUACAUUCCUCGUUCACUCUCACCACUCAUCAUAUACAGUGUAUAUAUUUAGCCUUUGGUCACUUUAUAUGUUAGAUAGGCCUCAAACACUAGAGCACACAGGGUCCCUAGAUGUAUUGUGCACUUUUUUUUUUUGUUUUUUUUUUUAACUACGCCCCCUAUUGACCCCGCCCACUUACCAUGUGUAUAAAAGCCUUAUUAUUGCUAUUUUUUUAUUUUAUUUUUGCGGUUACUUGGUGAAUGUUCUUCACAUUUGAGGACAGUUAGAACUGUGUGUAUUUUUUUUCUCACCAGUAGGUUCAGUUUGUGUUUUUAGGACCCUGUAAUCUGUAAUAAGUGGUAUAUAAACGUAUCGCCUCACUUUAAAAGCAAUUCAUGAUGUGUUUGACAGCCAAUCGUGUGCCUUUCGAACCGAGGAGGGUGUGUUCUGGUGUUCUGUGGAUGAUGAUGAUGAUGGUCUUAUUGUCUUACAUUUCACAUAAAAUACAUGAUAGCAUGUUAGUACUGUCAUAGGAAACCUUUCAAACUCUCUAAAAUUGUCCCAAAUGCUCUUUAAAAUCUCAAAAAUUGUUUUCUUUAAAGCUCCUGUACUAUUUUUGGCCAUACUGACCUAUUUCAAGGUUGAAAAAUUAUCUUAUUAAUAAUCAAGUAAAUAGGUUAAAUUGAUGUAAUAACCAUGUGGAAAAUAAUAAUAAUAAUAAUAAUAAUAAUUAUAGGUUGUAAUUCAGACCCACAAAACCGUACUACCAGUUUUGAAUUUUUUAAAAUGUUCUGCUUUAAUAUAUUAAUGGAUUAAUAGAUUUAUAGUAGUCAUUCAAACUAUGAAGAAAAACGAGUGGAAUUUUUGUUUUAGUACACGUAAAAAAAAAAGUUUUCAACAAACUCGUCGCUGUCUAAUGAAAAACAAGCAUCUUUGUCGAUUUUAAGUUUAUUUCAUUUAUUUUAACUGACAGACUGUUUCUUACCGUGUGUCAAAAUCUCUUGAUGAAUGGACCAAUAGAAAUACUUUAAAAUGACUUGAAAUAAAUUGUUUUUACAUCGACUCCCAUUAAAAGAUUAGAAUUUUUUUUUUCUUCUCUCUCCUGUAAAGUUGCUGUUUUGGAAAAAAAAAAAAUUUUUUUCAUUGGACAGCAACAAUACGUUUUUUAUAUAUUUUACAAUUUUCUAUUGCAAAUAUUGCAGUUUCUCAGUCAGUUUUAUGAGGUAGAGUCACAUGGAAUUCAGGCUUUCAAAAACAUUACAAUGAUAGAACUGGCACUCAUCAGGACCUAAAUGCUUGUGCUUCACAGAGUAUUUUGGUUUGUUUGAUACUUUUAAGUUACUAUAUCAUUCCUUAUACAGUGUUCCUUCAUAGUCUGAAUUAAUCACUUUACUAUUUAAAUUAAUUUAGGAGGAGGAGAAGGGCUGUUGUACUGUACUCUGCUGUGAAUGAACCGGUAUGAAUUAGUGCUGUAUGUAAUUAGUGGUGGUAUAUAAAUGUGUAAAUAGAAUUAUGGGACCAAUACAACUCACAGAUCCACUCAAUGCUCAUAUUAAAUUAUGAUCACCAGGGUAUAUCAAUAAAUCAUACCCACAUAUAUACAUAUAUAUAUAUAUAUAUAUAUAUAUAUAUUCUAAAUAUAUUUUUACAGCUGAGCGGCCUUAUUUGAUCUUAUUUUCUCUAAUAAUUUCCAGUCAUUUGCUUAAAUUAAUUUAAAUGAUGUUUUAUGGUUUCGUCUGUCUUGUUUUGUUUAAUGUUCUAAUCUCUCUCGCUGUUGUGAAGUGACUUUAACUCUUCAACUGUUUCUGUGCUCCGUUGCCUCUUAUUUGUUAUAUUUUUCCUCUUAUUUUAUGUUUUCUUGUUGAAAAAGGCUGUAUGCCAUAGCAAUAUUUGUAUAUAUAUCGUAUAUUCAUAUUUUCUAUGGUUGUUUUUCUUUAGUUGAAGGCUUUGGUAUUCUUGUACGUGUUUUUUUUUUUUUCAGCUUUUUCCUGCUUUUUUUCAGAUUUUCUCAGCUUUUCUCAGCUUUUUUCAAGAUCCUGCAUUUUAUUACACUGAAAAUCCGUCAUGCAAUCGGAGAAAUGUGCAAAAACACUCAACUCACUCGGACUGUAAAAUAUAUAUUGCAGUCUACUGUCCUAAACCACUAAAACACUGCCUACGUUUUGCCAACGUUCACUUAAAAAAAGAAAAAAAACACGUUUAUAUAUAGCGCACAUCUGUGUGUAAACGAUCACUCACUAUAUACACACUGUACACUGUAUACUUUAUAUAUGUAUAUACACACUGUUAGUUACUGUGAUUUUGUGAUUACUUUUUAACAAAAAAGCUACUACCACUCUUUAUGUAUAUGUAUAUGUUUAUGUAUAUGUAUGUAUAUAUGAAUAUUCCUCGUGCCAAUUUGUGCAAGUGUUCACUUUUUUUUUUAUGUAUUUUUUUUAAACAUGUGAAUUCUUGCACUAAGUGACUGAAAAAAGAGCAUGUGAUGCAACAGGUGUGUUCAAGCCACAUGUUUUAAUGGGAUUGUGAAUCGAGUUUUUAUUUAUAUAUUGUAUUCUGUCACUUCUGCGGAAACGACUGCGUUGUGUUGGUGUGAUUAUUAAAACGUGUAUGUACUGUAUGUACACUCCAACAUCAGUCAAUCAAGUUUUUACAUAAAAUAUUGA